AUGGAGGUGUUCGCAGACGCAGACUAUGCAAGCAAGGCUGCCGAUAGGAGGUCUGUGUCAGGAGGCUUGGUGAUGUGUGGGGGGGGAUGUAUUUCUUGGUUUUCAAGGACGCAGAAGUGCGUUACGUUGAGCACGACAGAGGCGGAGUAUGUCUCCCUUGCGGAUGUGAUGAAGGAAGUGUGGUUUCUGAGGCAGGUAUGGCGUUUCAUGUUGCCAGAAGCAGGUAUGCCGUGUAUUCCGGUGUUCGAGGAUAACCAGGGGGCUAUUCAGCUGGCGCAGAACCCGAUUAGCAACAGUAACUCGAAGCACAUCGACCUAAGGCACCACUUUAUCAGGGAACUCGUAGGUAGGAAGGAGAUUUCGAUUUUUCACGUGGAAUCAGCGUAUCAACAUGCUGACUUCUUCACGAAGGCACUUCACAUCGGAGAUUUUGAGAUUCAUCGUAAUUUCGUGAUGAGUGUGGGACAGGAACGGUAG